CUUUUUCGGUUUUCUAAAAGCCAAUACUUCUGGAUUUCCCCAUCUACUGUUCCCCUCUCUCGCCCCUUCUCUCUCUUCCCUUGUUCUCUCUUUCUACCUACCGGAAAACCUCUUCCACCGCCCGGGAAACCGCUUUUCCGUUUGCCGGUGAACAGAGUCGCCGGAGAAUUCACACGCACUCACUCUACAUGUUUCGUUCGCUUUGAUUAAUGCUUCUCGUUUUUUGCGUGUAACUCAGUCAUUCGGUUGGUGGAAUUGCUCUGAUCUCUGAGUUUGACUCGUUCCAUGCAGUGCUAAGGGAAUGUGGCGAGUCUAAGUCUGUUUUUCUGGUUCCUUGUGCCCUAGAUCCUGAUCUAGGGCUUGACUGACGCUUGUGUUGUUGUUUGUUAGUAGUUUUUUUGGUUUUGUUUUUGUCUGUGAAGAGUGGAAAGACGACGAAGAAUAGAGAAAAGCGUCGUAAUGAGAUGGUGGAAGGGAGAGUCUGCAUGUCGAGGGAGGCUAAAUUGGAAUUUUUGAAGCAAAAAAGGCUUCAAAGAAUGAAGACAGAAUCUAUGAAUGAUCUCAAUUGUGUCAGCAACAUGCUGAGUAGAAGCGGAGGAGAUGCCUUAAGAUCUUCUGCUUCAUGUGGUGUUAGAAUCCAUGUUAAUAGUGAUUCAUAUCCAGGAUCUGGGUCUUCUUCUUAUAAUGGAAAAGAUGUUUUCUCAAAGCACAAGGUUGCAAAGUUUGACACCUCCAAUCUGGACUGGAUUGAUAAAGUUCCAGAAUGUCCAGUGUACUAUCCAAAUAAAGAGGAGUUUGAGGAUCCUUUAGUUUAUCUCCAGAAGUUAGCUCCUGAAGCUUCUAAAUAUGGUAUAUGCAAGAUUGUUUCCCCCAUAACAGCUUCUGUUCCUGCUGGAGUUGUUCUGAAUAAAGAGAAGGCUGGUUUUAAAUUUACUACUAGGGUACAGCCACUUCGCCUAGCCGAAUGGGACACAGAUGACAGGGUCACCUUUUUUAUGAGUGGGAGAAACUAUACAUUUCGAGAUUUCGAGAAAAUGGCAAACAAGGUAUUUGCUCGUCGAUAUUAUAGUGCUGGAUGUCUUCCUCCGACAUACCUAGAAAAAGAAUUUUGGCAUGAGAUAGCUUGUGGAAAGACUGAGAGCGUGGAAUAUGCCUGUGAUGUUGAUGGUAGUGCAUUUUCCUCUUCUCCCAAUGAUCAACUUGGAAAAAGCAAAUGGAAUAUGAAGGGGCUUUCUCGGUUGCCUAAAUCAGUACUGCGACUCCUUGAGAAAUCGAUCCCGGGAGUUACUGAACCUAUGUUGUAUAUUGGAAUGCUAUUCAGUAUGUUUGCUUGGCAUGUGGAAGACCACUACUUAUAUAGUAUCAAUUAUCAGCAUUGUGGGGCCGCAAAAACUUGGUAUGGCAUUCCAGGUCAUGCAGCACUUGACUUCGAGAAGGUUGUCCGAGAGCAUGUUUACACCAAUGAUAUCUUAUCAGCUGAUGGAGAGGAUGGAGCUUUUGAUGUGCUUUUGGGGAAGACAACAUUGUUUCCUCCUAACAUUCUGUCAGAGCAUGGUGUUCCUGUCUAUAAAGCAGUUCAAAAACCGGGGGAGUUCGUAGUAACUUUUCCUAGAGCGUAUCAUGCAGGAUUUAGUCAUGGUUUCAAUUGUGGUGAGGCCGUUAACUUUGCAACGGGGGAUUGGUUUUCUAUGGGUUCAAUUGCCAGCAUUCGCUAUGCACUCCUGAACAGGGUGCCUCUACUUCCUCACGAGGAACUUCUCUGCAAAGAAGCGAUGCUUCUAUGUACGAGAUUUGAACUGGAAGAUCCUGACUAUUCCUCUGCAGACUUGAUGACUCAUCAUAGCAUCAAAGUUUCUUUUCUGAAUUUGAUGCGUUUUCAGCACUGUGCUCGUUGGUGCCUCGCGAGGUUAAUAGCAUUUUCAGGCAUAUCCUUAUUCGCACAUGGUACCAUUCUUUGCAGCAUAUGCAAGCGUGACUGUUAUGUCGCUUAUCUUAAUUGCAGCUGCUAUGCACACGCAGUGUGCCUUCGCCAUGAUCCCAGGUCACUUAAUUUUCCUUGCGGCAGCAGUAGAACGCUUUGCCUAAGGGAAGAUAUAUUGGACAUGGAAACUGCAGCUAGACAGUUUGAGCAGGAUAAGGUAGUUUUGCAUGAAGUUCAACAGCGAUAUAGAAAAACUGAUGACUUUUCUCUCCUUUUAAACAUGUUUCCGCGAGCUGAGGAAGAUGGCUAUGUUCCAUAUUGUGAAAUCAAUUUUGAAUGGUCGGAGGACUCGGUUGAACAGACAGUUCAUGAGUCAGCACCUAAUGCUUCUGCCUCACUUUUGUCUGAUCUCGACUCUCCGAUGGAGCCGAAAGAUAACCUUUUCGCUGGUGUGAAUGGAAAUGCAAUCUGUAACUUAGAUACUGCAUCAAUGAAGUUCCAUGGUGAUGUUUCUAGUUGUCGGAGUGAAAGAUCGGAGAGUUCAUCAAGUGAUAACAAUUUUAAAGUCCAUCCGAAAGUAGCUCAUGAGACAGACUGUAAAACUGUUGUAGAUCAAGACAGUGAUGAGUCUGAUACAGAAAUUUUCAGGGUGAAGAGACGUCCCAGAGCAGAACAUAGAAACGGAUAUGAUUCAGUCUCUAUCAACAUUGAGCACCAGAGUUUCAAAAGAUUAAAGAAACGUCAAUCAGAAGGACGGCUUGGGCCAUUGUCUUUUCCAGAGUGUUCUACGGCUAAUGAUGCAACUCACAGUUCCAUUGCUAAUUCAAGUCAAUCCAAAGAAGCACCGGACUUUCAUCCCAGAGACAAGUCCGUCAGAGGUGGUCCAGUUCCGGUAUCCAUUAAGUUGAAGAAGGUGGCUGUGAAUGAACAAGCACUGAGCAAGCAGGACGAGUACAAGAGAGAUCACAAGAUCCAGUUUGAAUUGGGGCAAAAUAUGAGGGAAUCACCCAGAAUACAGAGUGGAUCGAAGCGUCUGAAAGUCAGAGGUCCUUCAGUUUUAGGGUUUGGAGGCAGUAUGUAGUGAAUAGAUAGCUAACUUACAAGUAAAAGAGCAUCUUGGCUUGCUUGCCUCUGGAGUGGCUUAUAGAACCUGACUUUGCUAACACUUAUUCUCUAAUGGAGAGCUAACAACACGAUAAAAAAGCUAAGCAUUUUGGAGGCAGCAGCAGUGCAACUUUUAACCCAAUCUUUAGUUUAAAGAGGUAUAUUCUUUGUGCAGGCCUCUAAAGUGGGGCAAGUAGCACACUGGUGAUUCUUAUGGCUCUCGAGCCGGGGUGUUUUUCUGUCUUUGGCUGGAGAACCUCUCUCCUUCCAUUCCACUUCCAGAUUGUAGAUUUCGGGUUAUUAGUGAAUUCUCUCAUGUACAUUUUAUUUUUGACAAAUUGAUCAAUUCUUACGAGGUGCAAAUGGGUAUUUCCACAAGCCCUCUGAUUUAAUGUGAGGUCUGUUGCCUUCCUAGUUAGGGUUCAUUAUUCUUUCUGUAGCUGCGGGUCAUUUUGGCUCGAGACUACAUGAAUAAAUACAUAGAAUUUUUUCC